AUUCUUUUCGCACUGCAUGUCUUGAACAACGCGUAUUUCAACAUAUUCUUGAGAAUAAACAGUGUGGAAAUAAAGCACACCGGUUUAAUGUAGGUCAGAUGUAUUACUCACUGCACUACAUUUAAAGCGGGUCAGUCUACCUGAGAAGUUUUAGUUAGAUCCAAGCUGCUGGAGCCAUUACCUCUGCUGAGUCCCGAGUCGCAUACAUUUGUUGCAUACAUUUCGACCAGUUAACAGUUAGUUCUAAGAAGAUCGUGAUAACAAGGAACAGAAUACACGGCCAAAAUCCCAGGUCAUUGCGUAAGAUGGGAUCUUUAGACGCCAUUAGCAAACUGGGACGCUCGCUAGCUCGCGGAAGUGGGGAUUUCUUUCUUCGCCUUAACUACAUUUACACUCCAGUAUUUUUGGCAGUUUUAUCGGUGAUCAGUCUCCUCUUGGUUCUUGUGUAUGUACCAGUGCCACCUACUGUCACCUCUUCGUGUUGGACACCUGCUCAUUUUACAGAAGCACACAACAAAUAUGUACAAGCAGUGUGUGCGCCCGAUGGACCUGGAGGGAAAUACACAUUGAUGGUAGCUGACGAAAUGAAACAGCCUAACAAAACUGAAAUAAAAAUCCCUGAAACCCCUAGCCCUAACCAUCGUAUGCCACUGUGGUUUCUUUUUCAAGCUAUACUUUUUAUCGUCCCUAUAUUUUUUUGGAAAGCAGCCAUUGGUCGAACUGGUAUCAAUGUUGAUGACGUCACCCAUGACUCGAAUGAGAAAAUGGUGGAGAAAUUCGUGCGUCAAUUCGACCAAUAUUUUGGCAAUUUGAAGAGGAAACGAGCAAACUUUCCCUGCGCCCCUUUAGACAAUUUGUGUCUUCACAUCAACAAGUUCUUUGGGUUUUAUCUCAUCCUUGUUUUCAUCGUGUUGAAAAUCUGGUACAUUUACAACAUCACAUUACAGUUCAAUGUGAUGUCCAUUGCGUUGGGGCGGGAAGUUGGACCGUCAACCAUUCUGUUCAAGAACAUGACGGCUAAUGCUGCCCCACAACGGAUUUUAGAAAAUGCUAACGACACAAACAGCACAACACUGAAUGAAAGCGAAAGUCCGUUUUACUUGUGUGAUUUCAGCAUCCGUCAAGUAAGUAACGUUCAACGUUUUACAGUUCAGUGCUUCGCCACGAUACGCCCAGGAUCUUCACCGAGCCCACUGAUGGACGAUCUGUACAAAAUUCUUGUCGUGUGGCUGUCAUUUCUGUUUGUCGCUAACAUCUACAGCUUUCUGUCCUUCUUGGUGACAGUCUGUCGCGCACACGUUCCCAUCAAACACCAGCUUCUCUUGGCCAGACUCCAGCCGGAGGAACACCAGCGACAGCUAGCAGAUGAAUUUGUGGACUCUUACUUGACACAAGAUGGUGCUUUUCUCCUUGGAAUGAUUGACAAGAACACAAACAAAGGUGUCGCCACGGAUAUCCUGGAGGCUUUGUGGGAGCGUUAUCUUACCAAGAAACAAGAAGGCGAUGCAUCAGGUGAUGCACCCGAGAGGGAGAAAAUGUAUCCAAAUCUGCAGCAAGUUUAAACAAGCAGACCAAAAUAUUUACUUUUUGACAUUAAAUACCGAGACUAAUUUCUUAAGAAGCGAAUUAGUGAUUGUAAAUCCUUACGUUAUUUAUGGAUUUUGUAAGAGUAGGCUUAUAACUUACAUAGAUUAAGCAGAAUUUAUGCGUAGGAAAGGGAGGAUGGGGAUUUGAAAACAGGCUUCGUCCAAUAUCAUUUCUUAGGUUGGGUUAACAAUAAGAUGGUAAAAUUCCACUCAAAGAAAGCAUACAUGAAUACACAUUACGACACCGUGUACACAUGUACUUAUCACUGUUAUCACAAUAAAUACAAGAAAUAUGACCCUCAUUUUCCUCAAACUUGCUGAAGUGGUUAAUAGCAUUUAUAAUAUGCAGAUCAAAUUUAAACAAUAGUGAAUUUCGUGAAUUUCUUAUUUUUCUUUCACUGGUAUUUUCAAGGUGUGACUUCAAACCCAUAUGUAGACUAAUUAAAACCAUGUGCUAGUAAAAUUUUUCGCAUUUCCAUAUAAACAGUUGAACAUGAUCAUUAUCUUAUUAAAUAUCAUGUAAUAUUAUAUGUGCAUUGUCAUCUUUAUCCUUAUUUUUUAUUUUUCUUUGUGUCUGUACAUUUGACGGUUUUGCUGCUUUGCUAAAGUAUAGUUUUAAGAAAAACGUUUUCCCUUGGAUGUCAGUCUGUAUAUAUGUUUGUAUGUAUUGAUACAAAACCACAUAUUAUAUUAACAGCAAUUAGACGUCAACGAUAAUGAAACGCACAAAAUGAUUUUUGUCACUUCCUAUUCACAAUAUGAACAA